AUGGAAUCCGAUCAGAUUAAUAUUGACGCACAGAUAGAUUACGAUGCCGCUAUUCGGUAUUGGAGCGGGGUGGAGCCCUCUGUGGACGGCGUGCUGGGCGGUUUUGGAGAGUCCACGAGCGUGCCGAAGGCCGACGUGGUCGGUUCUAUGACCUUCAUCCGCAAACUGAAGUCGCGCUUCUCGACAGAGCCCGGGAAGAUCAGCUAUGGACUGGAUUUUGGUGCAGGCAUUGGACGAGUCACAAGAGACUUCCUGCACAAGGUCUGCGAGAAGGUGGACCUGCUGGAGCCUGUGAAACCAUUUGUCGACCAGAUGUACAGAGAGCUGGCUCCGCUGGCAGAACAGGGUAAGAUUGGCGAGAUCUACCAGAUCUCGAUGCAGGACUGGGUCCCACAGGAGCACGGCAAGUACUCUCUUCUGUGGUGCCAGUGGUGCUGCGGCCAUCUGCCAGACGAUGCGUUCCUCGUUUGGCUUGGUCGGUGCAAGGAUGCGCUGCAAGAGGACGGACUACUGGUAAUCAAAGAGAACAACGUUAACGGGGAUGAGGACGUGUACGACCCGGAGGACUCGAGCAAGACGCGCUCCGACAAGAAUUUCCGGCUGCUGUUCGAAAAGGCCGGCUGGAAGCUGAUAGCUACGGAUCUACAGAAAGGAGUGCCUAAAGAGCUGUAUCCGAUCAGAAUGUAUGCAUUAAAGAAAUAA